AUGUCAAGCACUGGACGUCGAACCCCAUCGAGACGCGUUGUCUCGAGACAGAGCAAUGCCCCUUCGGCCAGAUCGGAGGCUCCAAGCGCUCGAAGCAGUUCUCCUGAUCUUCGCUCACUUCCGCAAAGUGAAGCUCCAGUUGCGAGCGAAUCGACAUCGCCAUUGGCAUCUGUGCGCAGUGCUACUUCUUCGCUUCGUUAUGGGUCUGAACUAGGAUUGUCAUCGCAAGGAUCGACAGCAUUGUCGUCGCGUAGAGGGCAUGCUCGUGCUGAUCUUGGAACCGCGCCAAGUCAUCAUAGGACAGUCCGUAUCGAAGGACUUGAAGAUGAUCUGGCAGACGACAACAAUCAGCCCCGUAUGUAUAUCUGGGGAACGAGAAUCUGCGUAGUUGACGUGCAGAGAGCUUUUCGCGGAUUUAUCACCGAAUUUAAAAUCUCAUCCCUUGAUGAAGAUGAAAACAUGCUGAUGUUGCCCUCUACGACGGAUUGUCCUUUCUUGAACCUCAAUCUUGCUCAUGUGAAGGCGUAUUCUGAGCCACUGUAUAGGAAGAUUGUCGCAUAUCCUGCUGAUGUAAUUCCAUACCUUGAUAUGACUGUGAACGAAAUUUACCAAGAGAAAUAUAAUCAUUCAAUGGCUACACCAAUUGAGCUUCGCCCUUUCAAUGCGGACAAGACGAGGAACAUGCGCAGCUUAAAUCCAUGCGAUAUUGAUCAACUAAUUACUAUCACUGGGAUGGUUACACGUACAUCGUCGCUAAUUCCCGAAAUGCGAAUGGGUUUCUUCCAAUGUUCGGUUUGUCACUUCUGCGUAGAAAGUGAAGUAGAUCGUGGAAGAUUAGAAAUACAGUUACGAGAUUGUUUUGCAGAUGACAUGCCCUCUGGCCAAACCCCUCACACUGUUACUGUAUUCGCCCAUGGUCAUUUAGUGGAAUCUGUGCAACCUGGAGAUCGCGUCACGCUUACUGGAAUUUUCCGUGUGCAAGCAACAAAGGUAAAUCCUCGUCAGAGAAAUCUGAUGGCUGUCUAUCGCACCAACGUCGAUGCUCUUCACUUUAGAAAAACUGAUUCGUCACGACUCCAUCAGGAUAAUGGGUAUGCAAGCAUUGACAAUUACCUUAUGUUAUCAACAAUUGUUUGGCUCCGAAUUUAG